UAAGACACACAAAUUGCAUUUUGUCCGCCAAAAAUAACAAGAAAUUUUUUUUUUAUUCCAAGACCCAUCAUGCGUUGCAUCAAUUUGUGAUAAUCACUCGGUUUCUUUUAUCUCUCUGUGGAUGAAUGUAGAAUUAUUCAAAGCAAAUUUUCGUUCGAAAACUGAAUAGACAACGAAUCAUCGGCAGAAACGGAAAACUAAUACAUUUAAUUGAGGAAAUUAAAGAGAGAACAAUUGAACAUUUUACUUAAAGAAUAGUUAACGUCACAACGAUGAAUACAGUGGUUUCGUUUUUAAAUCGACAAUAUGGUUAUCAGAAAAGAUGGCAAUAUGACAACGUUUUAUCCAGAUUAUCAGCACAUAAAUAUGACUGUUGGAGAGGCAUCGCACCAUCCGAAGUACACAUCGACUACAAUCCAACACCGCCAAUUUUUGCGGCCAAAUUUGCAAAUUGUCACAAUCAUCGAAACAUCAUUGCCAUUGCCAAUGAAGAUGGAAAGGUGGCCGUUCAGAAUACUGACAUCCCAAACGAUAACAUUGAAGAACAGCCGUUGAUCGGAAAUCAGUGCCAUAAUAAUGCCGUUUUUGAUGUCGAAUGGGUGCCGGGACAAAUGCAAAUUAUCUCUGCAUCAGGUGAUCACAACACUAGUCUAUGGCAAUUGAGAGAAAGUCGAUUCGAGCUCGUUCGAACAUUUCAGGGUCAUACGCGUUCAGUAAAAACGGUUGCAUUUCGACGACAAGAUCCAGCAUGUUUUGCAACUGGUGGCCGUGAUAAUGCAAUUUUAAUAUGGGACACACGUGCCAGAAUGAAUACCGGCAACAAUCGACCAAAAGCAGAUAAUUGUAUUUUGUGUGGACAUGCGUCGGGACCUGGUACACCGCAAGCCUAUCGUCGAAAGGCAUCGGCAAGACAAACACCAAAGUUGCCACCACAACAACCGUCUAGCAGUAUCACUGGUUUGGCAUUUCAGGACGAUUACACAUUAGUGUCAUGUGGCGGUGGUGAUGGUAUAAUAAAAGUGUGGGAUUUGCGGCGUAACUAUAGUUGUUACAAAAAAGAGCCAGUACCAAAGCAUAGUAUUCCAUAUCCGGGCACAUCAACGCAUCAGGGAUAUUCAAAUUUAUUAAUCGAUAGUACUGGUCAAAAGCUCUAUGUAAAUUGCAUGGAUCACAAUAUCUAUUGUUUUAAUUUAGGCGUAUAUGCAACACAACCGAUAAUCAGCUAUACCGGUUUAACGAAUAGUACAUUUUAUAUAAAAUCUAGUUUAAGUCCUGACGAACAGUAUUUGAUAAGUGGUAGCAAAGAUGAAAAGGCUUACAUAUGGAAUGUAAAUAGUUCAAAGCCAAUAUUGGCAUUGCUUGGUCAUGCCGACGAAGUGACAUGCGUUGCAUGGGCUAAAACGCCCGAACUACGUAUUGUCACCUGUAGCGAUGAUUCACGGCAUAAAAUUUGGCGCAUAAAUAAUGAUAGUAUCGAUACAGAUGACACAGUACAAGAUUAUCCUGGAAAAACCGAAGUAUUUCCACGUAUAAAAGAGGCACCGUUGAAGCGACGUUUAAAAUAUUUAGAAUAUACACCACGUUCAUUGAAACGGAUCGUUGAUCUAAAUGAAACGACGCCCAGUUCAACGGAAAAGGUAACCAUGAAACGUACAUUUGCCGAAGCAAAUGCUGACGAUUCUCAAAUGGUAUCAUCAUAUGGUGGUGAUAGCAAACGACAAUUGAUUGAAACACGGGCACGUCGUUUAUUUGCGCCAACAACAUCGACAAGCACUGACAUUUAUCAAAAGUAUAAUCAAUGCAACGAUGAUACACCGCGACGCAUAUUGCCUGGUAUUACGGAAGAAAUUGAGACACCACCAAAAGAUGACAGUGGUAAAAUACUAUUGUCACCGCUCAACGAACGAAAUCAAUUGACCCAUUAUCGUUUGGAUGAAAUUCGUACGCCAUCAUCAUCAUCAAAUCGACCAUCGUGUUCACAAUCACUAUUUUCACCCACAUCAAAUCUACCAAAUUAUGUAAUGAAUGCCAGUGAUGCACCACAUCUUAAAUUACAAUCGCCAAAACGAAAACUCAAAGAAAAUAUUGAUUGGCUGACGAAAAUUCGAAAGCAAAAAUUAUCGUCGACUGUUGGCCGUCAAUUGACUGAAAAAUUAAAUGAUACACAACAGGAGUCACAACAAACAUACGGUCACAGUGAUAGCCAACAUCAUCUUCAUCAACACCAUGAAUUGAACAGUGGCAUUUUAUCGCCACGAAUGCGAAAAAUUAAAUCAUCUGACCGAAGUGGCAUACAGAGGCGACGAUUAUCAUCGUGUCAACCGCAUCAUGAUGAUACAAUUACAAACAGUUCAAAUGUUACGACAGACGCCAAUACAACAACACCAACACGACGAAAAUCAGAAACUACCCUGCUACGGUAUUUCUGUGUAACACCGACCACCCGCAGCAGAGAACAAUCACCAGCCGCACCAAGUCAUUCAAAUGACACAACUAUUAGCAAUUAGGCCACAUUUCAUUUCAUCAUCGAAACUUCUUUUUAGCAAACAACGUAACAUUCGUACUGAAAACGCUUUUACACACAUUUUCUUUUAAGACUUUUAUUCUUUUAAAUAAAUUCUGAAAAAAUAUAGAGACAGACAGAGAGAGAGGAAAAAUAUUUCGGCUAAAUCGUUCAUUAAAAGGCUAGAACGAAAAAAGCGAUAGAAAUUGAGAUAUAUAUAUAAAAAAAAACAAAACAUUUUCGGACGGAAAUUUAAUGUUUAAUUUGCUGUUUGACA